AUGCGAGUGACCUAUCUCUUUCUCUCUCUCUCUUUCUAUCUGUCUCGCUCUUCUUUCUCACUUUUUCUCUCUCGUCCUCAUUCUCUUUUUCUCCCGCUCUUUUCUCAUUCUCUAUAUUUCAUUUUGUUCUCUUUUUCCUUAUUCUCUUUUUCUCUCUACUUCUUUCUUCAUAUCGUUCCUUCUCUUCGUUAUUAUUUCUUUAUCUCUUUUUCACUCUCCCUUUUCGCACUUUUCUUCUUUUUUCUUUCAUUCUUUCUUUCUUUACUUUUCUUUCUUUCUUUCUUUCUUCAAAUUUCUGUUUUUUUCUUUAUUCUUCGUUUUGUUUUUCUACAUUUCCAUUUUCUUUCAAUAUCUUCCACUGUCUUUCUCUCUCCCUCUCUCUCUCUCUUUCUCUCUUCAUCACUCUCUCUCUCUCUCUCUCUCUCUCUCUGUUCUUUCUUUCUCUUUCCAUUGUAUCUCUAUUCCUCUUUUUGUUUUUCUCUUCCUUUUUCUUCAUUCUCUUUCUUCAUGUCUUCCUUUCGGUCUUUCCCUAUCUCUCCCUUUCUAUCUUUUUCAUACUCUCUCUUUUUUGUGUCUUUUCUCGAUCUUUUCUUGAUAUAUCUUCUUCUCUUCCUUUUAUUUUUUACUUUCUCCCCCUUUUUCCGUUUCAGUCUCUCUAUCCCUUUCUUUCUUUCUUUCUUUCUUUCUUUCUUUCUCAGUGCACGCCUAUGA